AUGUUACAGUUAUCUAUUGACAAACACCCCCUAGACUUAACCUUGGAGGAAUAUAGUCAUAUCAAGCCAUCAUUAACUCCUUUAUUAUUAAAGCCUACUUAUUACGACUUCAAUUACAUCGAUGAUUUCAACUACUACUUCACUUACUACUUCACCUACUACUUCACCUACUACUUCACAACCACUACCCCACUACCUCACUACCUCACUACCUCACUACCUCACUACCUCACUACCUCACUACCUCACUACCUCACUACCUCACUACCUCACUACCUCACUACCUCACUACCUCACUACCUCACUACCUCACUACCUCACUACCUCACUACCUCACUACCUCACUACCUCACUACCUCACUACCACUACAACUUACAACACUAUUAUAUCGACCUAUUGUGCUUUCAGUUAUUCAAUGUUUGAUGGUUGGUCGCAGAUUAAUCAAGGAGUGCCGACCUUGA